AACUGUUCGUUUGCUUUUCAGUCUUCGUCCUCUCUUUUGCGGCCCAGGGCCAGUUGUCGCCCGCCCGCGUCGUCGUCUCCGCCGGCCGGUCGGCCUCCCAAACCCUAGCGAGCCGAGCGAGAGAGAAACUAGACGCCAUGUUCGGGUACAGGAAGGCGGACCCGGACCUCGAGGCCGGCGGGUCCUCGCUGCUGUACCCGGGGAUGACGGAGAGUCCCGAACUGCGGUGGGCGUUCGUCCGCAAGAUCUACGUCAUCCUCACGGUCCAGCUCGCCAUGACGGCAGCCGUCUCGGCCUUCGUCGUCAAGGUGCCCGCCGUCUCCAAUUUUUUCGUCUCCUCCAACGCCGGGAUCGCGCUCUACAUCUUCCUCAUCGUCCUGCCCUUCAUCGUGCUGUGCCCUCUGCACUACUACCACCAGAAGCAUCCGAUCAAUCUGCUGCUGCUCGGCCUCUUCACCGUCGCCAUCAGCUUCGCCGUCGGCAUGACAUGCGCUUUCACUAGCGGAAAAAUCAUUUUGGAGGCUGCCAUUCUUACAGCGGUGGUGGUGAACAGCUUAACUGCUUACACUUUCUGGGCUGCGAAGAGGGGCCAUGACUUCAACUUUCUCGGCCCCUUCCUAAUUGCUGCUAUCAUGGUGCUCAUGGUGUUUUCACUAAUCCAGAUCUUUUUCCCACUGGGCAAGAUCUCUGUGAUGAUAUAUGGUGGAUUGGCAUCUCUUAUCUUCUGUGGCUAUAUCAUCUAUGACACAGACAAUAUCAUCAAGCGCCACACAUAUGAUCAAUACAUAUGGGCAGCUGUUUCACUCUACCUCGACGUCAUCAACUUGUUCCUGUCUCUGCUGCAGCUGCUGAGGGCAGCCGAUAGCUGAGCUCAUUAAUGGAGUGUUUGGUUUGAGGAAUGAUAUAGUCCAUCAUCUUCUCACUCACUUUUUUGUUUGGUUUGUGGAAUGAAGUGAGUUAAUCCAUCACCACCUCAUUCUCAUAGUUAGUUGUUUAGUAUUAAUAUGUGGAAUAGAGUCAUCCCACUAAAUUUGAUGAAUGGACCCAUGAUGCACCCCUUCAUUUUGGAUAAAGUGAUUCAUUAAA